AUGGACAACUCUACACCCCUUCUCCCUUGCCGCAGCUCCGAUGCCCAGUUCCAACCAGAAACCAAAAAGAAGGCGGUGGACGAUGCCAUCGAGAGCUGCAUCGGCGCCACCGGCUUGGCCCAGCUACUCCGAGCAAUCUUCGUUUCACUAGCAUGGGCUUUCGACUCCCAGCAAACCUUCAUCAACGUCUUCACCGAUGCCGAGCCCUCCUGGCACUGCACCCGCGCCGACGACCCGCUUUGCUCCUCGGCGCUCCAUCCCUGUGGCCUGCCCCAAGGCUCCUGGGCCUGGGACCACCCCGAGCACGCAUCAGUGGUAUCUGAGUGGAGCCUCGAGUGUUCCGGCUCGGCCAUCACCGGCUUGCCCGCUUCAGCCUUCUUUGCGGGCAGUCUCAUCGGAGGACUCGUGCUGGCACCGCUUGCCGACUCUCUACUUGGCCGCAAAAACAUGCUUUUCCUCUCAUGCCUCACCAUGUCGCUGACCGGAACACUGACGGCGGUCUCCCCGAACUUCUGGGUCUACGUAUCCUUGAGAUUUAUUUGUGGAUUCGGGCGAGCUACGGUCAAUUCAUGCGCGCUCGUGCUGUCCACGGAGAUGGUCGCCAAGAGGUGGCGGGAUAGGAUCAGCAUCGUUGGAUUCUUUUGUUUCACACUCGGCUUUCUAUCAUUGCCUGCUGUUGCCUAUGUCGAACAGGGGUCAUCUUGGAGGACCCUUUACGCUUGGAUCUCCGUUCCUUCUUUCUGCUACUCCAUUCUGAUUCAUUUCCUGAUCCAAGAAUCUCCGAGAUGGCUUUUGGUACGUGGGCGAAGAGAAGAGGCCAUCCAGACACUGAAGAGCAUCGCAGCGUCAAAUGGUAAUAUCAUCGAUUCUAGUUUCUCUGGCCUAUUAACUAUGGAGGAGACUCGAACUGUGGGCACCUUUGCUGCCAUGAAGAUGCUGUGGGAGAAGCGCUGGGCAUUCCGGAGGUUGGCAGCGAUCAUGACGGUGGGCUUCGGGCUCGGAAUGGUCUACUUUGGGAUGCCAUUGAAUCUAGGGAACUUGGGGUCCAAUCUCUACUUGAGUGUCACAUUUAAUGCAUUAGCCGAGCUGCCUGCAGCACUGCUCACCUUCUUUCUCGUAGAGAGAAUGGAUCGAAGGAGCUCGUUGCUAGUAUUCACCGCCAUAAGCGGGGUGUGCAGCAUCUUGUGCAUGUUCUUGAGGGUCGAGGAGCUGCGGAUGGCGGUGGAGGUUGUGUCCUUCUUCAGUGCCUGCACUGCCUUUAACGUGGCUCUGAUUUAUAGCAUCGAGUUGUUUCCGACGUGCCUCAGGAACUCGGCGAUCUCCAUCGUGAGACAGGCUAUUACGCUAGGAGGAACUUUGGCUCCUAUUUUAGUAGGGGAAGGAAGGAGAAAUAGUUCUCUGUCCUUUGGAGUGUUUGGGCUGGUGAUCGCUGGUUGUGGGCUUUUUUCUGCCUGCUUGCCAGAGACGAGGGGGACUACCAUAUGCGACACCAUGGAGGAAGAAGAGUCCAAGGAGAUUUCUUCGUCCACGGCGGCCCACAAGUAA